GCGAGGCUGGCGCCAUCUUGGAACGCGAACAAGACAGAAAGAUGCCGAAGCGAAAAGAAGCAAGCGAAGAAGAUGCUAAGGAAUCCUCAUCUACUUCCCCUAAAAAGAAACACAAGCACAAACAUAAGAAGCACAAGAAGAAGAAGGACCAUGGACCAGACGGACAUGAAGAACCUCGCAAAAAGGAAAAGAACAAAGAUAAGAGUAAAUCACGAGAGAAAGACAAGGACAGAGAUAGCAAUAAAGAUGAAGGAAAGGCUGUCACUCUUAAGAUAAAACUCAGGGGUGAAACGUUAGCAACAACACAAAUGGCAAAAAUAGUUCCAGUGAAAUCGCCAGAGGCUGUAACAACCAGCGGAGAGGAGGAGGAGGAAGACACUUACCAGCCCUCCUGGCAAGGAAGUGAAAAGGAUGAGAAAGAUGAGCCUGAAGUUGCUGAGAAACAUGGCAAUUCUGAUGAUCAAGAAGAACAGAAAUGGUUAGAUGCAUUAGAGAAAGGUGAACUGGAUGACUAUGGUCGCGUCAAACAAGACAAGGAUGUGAGCAUGAUGACUGCCAGACAGAGGGCCAUGCUUGGACAUGAAAUAGAGGGAGAAAAUCAACUUUUGGAGCUUCCAACAGAACCAAGACGGAAGAAUGAGGACACUGAAGAAGCUCAGAGAAGACGAAAGCAAAAAGCUAAGAAGAGAAAACAGCAAAUGCAGCAAAAAAUUGAAGAAAACAAGACACAAACUGUGAAGAAACUGCUGGAUAGGGAAGCUACAAGAUCACGCAAAGAGGAGGAGAAGGCACGUAAAAAGAAGCAGGAGGUUCCUCACAUCAGAUAUGUCAGUAAUUACCAGGGAUUUGCUAUGUCCUUUUCAACUGGGCUGGAGUUCCCAUUACAAAUGCAGUCAUCUAAGGGGCCUCCAAAACCAAGAUCAACGUGCUCAGCUCAGGGAUGUACAAAUCUGAAGAAAUACUCAUGUUCUAGUAAUAAUCUGCCAGUUUGCAGUAUGGCGUGUUACAAGAAGGUUCAACUCAUUCCUCGGCAAACGGCAACCGUAGUCUAACCAGGCAAGAUGUAAUGGGGUGCUUUUCAAUUCAGUGUCAUAGAACCAAAGCCAAGUAAUCACAAUGGCCAAUCAAAAGAAAGUAAAAUACCUCAAAGAGCCAAUGAGAACUCAAAGUAAAAAAAAAAAAAAAAGAAAACAAUGCAAGGUGGGGAAAAUACAGGUGACCAAAUUGUGGUUAGUUUUAGUUUUGUAUCUGAUUGGUUGAAAGAGUGGCAUGAGUAUUUUAGACCAAUCACAGAGCAAAUUAAGGCAAAAGCAAAACAAUCUGCAUUUCUUUUGACACUCAAUUCAAAGUGGUUCUACCAGCAAUCAUUAUGUUAAGGAUUCCCUGCAAUUAAUCCACUCAAUGCUAUUUUGGGAAAGUUGAAUUUCAUUUGAACAGGUUCAGAUUGUACCUCAGGAACAAGACUCAAUAAAGCUCAUUUAAGAUUAAAUCUUUUA